UUCCCAGAAAAAAACAUACACACACAUAUAUAAGUGUAUAUAUUUUUUUAUGUGUGUAUAACAGCUCCGAAUUCUUGAUUUUCGAGUUCUGUUCUUCGUGGUGAUCCCAAUUCGAAGGCAUUGUUGUUUCUCUGUUUCUUGCUUCGAAAGCCAAAAAUACCGAUUUGCUUUCCUUCUGGGUUUUCUUGAAUCUGAUUCUUGGAGUGGACCGCCCAGGUUUUGUGAUUUUUUCAUAAUCAUCAGAGGACAAGAUGCUGAGGGCGUUCCGAAAGCCGAAAUUCGUCACCAAAUGCAAAUCGGAUAUAAAGAUGACGAAGAUGCGGAUCGAGGCGAUAAAGAAGAAGAGGAGCGCGGUGCAGAAGUUUUUGAAGAGCGACGUAGCUGAUCUUUUGAGGAGUGGCCGUGACAUCAAUGCAUACGGCAGGGCUGAAGGGCUUCUAGUUGAGCAAAAUAUGUCUGCCUGUUACGAAUCAACUGAGGGCUUUCUUGGAUGCAUCUCGACUCAUCUUCCUCUCAUACAAAGUCAGAGUGAGUGCCCAGAGGAAUGCAAGGAAGCUGUUCGGUCAAUUAUGUACGCAGCAGCACGAUUUGCUGAUUUGCCAGAACUCCGCGACCUCAGAACUCUGUUUAGUGAAAAGUAUGGAAAUUCCCUCGAACCUUUUCUGAAUAAAGAGUUUGUGGAGAGGUUGAAGUCAAAGCCUCCUACGAAGGAGAUGAAGAUUCAGUUAAUGCACGACAUAGCACAAGAAUUUUCGAUUGAAUGGGAUUCAAAAGCUUUGGAACAGAAACUGAAUACUAAUACUCCACCGGCAUCUGACCAAGGCCAGCGCAGGUGUAGAUCUCCAGUUGACAGCGAUGACGAUAUGCACAAAUCACAUAAAAGGCAGGACAAUGCUUUCCCAAAGAGCAGAAACCAGGAGGGUGACUCUUAUGACAGAUACAAGCUGCAGAGCAGCAGUGAAGACGAAACAACAACAGAUGUAUCCCAAUCUGCCCCAAAAUAUUCUUCAAGCUCAAUAGGAAGUACAUCCGGGGAUGAAGCAGAUACCAGCAAGAUGCCCUUCUACUCCAAGUUUAUUCCACCGCCUUACUACAAAUCAAGACCUGAAAAAAAGGAAAGCAGCCACGUCGAAAAGGAAACAGAUCACCCUAGCGAUGUUUCAGUUGGCGAAGAUAAUACAAAACGAAGAUCAGUAAGGAGGGGAAACUUGAAACCACCACCAGGUCACGAGAAUCUUGGCAGGAAUGAUAAAACUAGACGUGGAGAUGAUAGUGAUUCAAUGGACGAAGAGGAGAGAAUAAUGGAUGGGCUUUUGAUGCAUUACAGCAGGAAACAGUCACCCUAUGAAUCGAGCCAGAUGAAGGGCAGUCUGGACGAUGAUGAUGCUGGUGAAUCCACAUGGAACAGAAGCAGAAGAUCUCAGCGAGAGGCUCCGUCAGCCAGAGCAUCAUCUCUCCCACCAGAGCCAACGAGUCCAAUUGAGGCACCGAAAAAGCAUGGCCGAGCAUUUUCCUUCACACCAGAUGUGCACGUGCACCCAAAGCUACCGGAGUACGAUGAACUGGCAGCUCGAAUUGCCGCUCUUAGAGGAAUAUAGAAGGACAGCAUUAGAAAUUAAAAUCUGUAAAAGUUUACUUGGUGUCAUCUUCUCUACAUCUAAUAGGAAAUAUUAUUGGAGUU